CCAGAAAGAAACACACACCACACAGACACCUCAAGCAGCAUUUGAGACACCUAUACGGCAUCUUUUCACUCUCAUCAUGUGGAAGGCAGCGCUCUUGACCCUGGGCUUGUUGGUGGCACUGGUGGACAGGGUGCAGUCCAAUGACGGCCAUCCCUCUUUCUAUGGGGUGAAACUGUGUGGAAGAGAGUUCAUACGGGCUGUCAUCUUUACCUGCGGUGGUUCUCGCUGGAGGAGAAGCUUAGGAGACUCAGCUCGCAUUGGAGAAGAGGCCUUUGACCCAUGGAACACAAAUCCCAUCCCUCAACUUACCGGUGAGCAGGAUCCUGCAGAGUCCCAAGUAUGGAGAGAUCAAAAAUUGAACGAGGCAUCUGUGGCUGCUGGAUUCAGCCGCUCAGCUCGCUCACCAAUCUCAGAGGAGGUGCUGGAGGCUCUACGGAGCACAGACAGGAAAGGACGAGACGUAGUGGUCGGACUGUCCAACGCCUGCUGCAAGUGGGGCUGUAGCAAGAGUGAAAUCAGCUCUCUGUGCUGAGUCUUGUUUUUUGUCCUGUCACUAAUGCAGAGCUCUACUAUUUUCCUUUAUGAUCCCUUCAUGUCUUCACACUUUGAAUUCUUCAAAUAUCCCAUCAAACUCACUGUCCAUGUGUUGACUACUACAGGAAUGUGAAUGUGUAGUCAAAAUGUCUUUACUGUGAUUUCUUUACAUAACUAUAUGUUUAA